AUGGCGGCACGCAACGUCGUUCGGUUCCUCAAGUCGGCCAAAAUCUCCUUCUCGAGCUUCGAUGAGCGGGCAACUGGAGCUUGUGAGUUUUAUCGCCAGAUGACGGCAGAGAAGACACGCAAGGUGAACCCCAAGGCAGAGAUCGAGCAGCAUACAACAGUGGCGGGCUCCGUGCCGACCAUCGACCUGGAUUUCAUCAACGGAAGCAAGCACGUCAUGGAAGUGCCGGCCAAGAACGUGCGCGAGAUCUUUGAGGAGGUGGAUUUCCACUGCUCACAGAUCGAAACCGAGUACGAGAAACAAGGCAAGGCCAUUGAAUAG